AUUUAAUAAAAUGAUUGAAAACCAUCAACAAGAGUUUCCACAACAACAACAACCAAACUCUUCUAUUUAUAUAAAAUUUAAUAAUAAUAUUAAAUUACAGUAUAACCAAAUCUAUGAUUCUUUAAAAGAAUUUGGUACCAUUACCAACAUUAAAAUAUGUAAUGGUUUUGGUUUUGUAGACUUUGAAUCUACAGAGUCAGCUCAAAAAGUUUUAGCCCAUUUUUCAAUAAAUAACAAUAAACUAAACAUUGAUGGAAAUAUUAUAUUUAUAAAAGAAAAAAAAGAAAAAUUAAAUAAUAAUAAUAAUUCACUCUUUGAUGAUAAUAAUAAUAAUAAUAACAAUAAUAUCAAUGUUGAUAAUAUAGACAACAAUAGUAAAACUAAUAAUAAUAUAGACAAUAAUACAGAUAAUAAUUAUGACAUCAAAAAUAAUUUUUUAUUUUUUAAAAUAUUUAAUAAUAUAUUUUUAAAAAGUUUAAUUUUUAAAUAUGUAAAACUAUACAAUAUUUAUCAUGGGCAAAGAAGUUUUGAAAAGAAAUCACUUAUAGAAUUUAAAAAUAAAGAAUAUCUAUAUCAAAUUAAUUAUAUGCUAUUGGAUAUUAAUACUAUUAAUAAUAGUUGUUUUGGUAAUAUUAAUAAUAUUAUUCAAAAUUAUCAAAAUAACCAAAAUGAUAACGUUCAACUCGAAUCAUUUUUACCAAUCAAUAUUAAAAAAAUCGAAUUUUCAUCAAAAUAUGAAACCCAUUCAAUUAAUCUCGAUUUACCAAAUAUCCCACAUUGGAUAGAAGUUGUUAAAAUUCAAAAAUGUUUUAAAGUUAACUUUUCAAUUUUCAAAUCAGCAUCAAGUAUCCAUACACUUCAUUUGGAUUGCCAAAGAGAGAUUUUGAUCGAACCAAACUCCUUACCAUCCACACUAACCAAACUUACAAUAAAAAAUUACCAAUUUAAAAUAACAAAAGAUUUAAUACCAAGUAACAUCAAGAUACUCCAUUUAGAAAACGAAUUAAAUGGUCCAAUUGAAAAAGAUGCAUUACCGGAAACAAUUACUCAUCUCACCAUCAAACACCUACCAAAAGACUUUAUAUUUCCAAAACAACUACUUUAUUUAAAGGUAAUAGGAAUCUAUUUACAUGAAAUCGAGGAAAAUAUGUUCCCAAAUACUCUAGAACAUCUAGACUUUUAUUGCAAUGCCCAACAUUUUAACUGUACUUUAGGAAAUAACCUGAAAUACUUUCACAUAUUUACUGGAGGGUCCAUUAGUGAAGGAAUUUUACCAAACUCCCUCGAAGAAUUACAUAUUGCUUUUGGUCAAAAGAAAUUAAGAUCAAUACCUAAAAACAUUAAGUCCCUUAGUCUUUCUGGCAAAUUCAAUUGGAGUAUUAAAGGCUUUACAAAGAUUCCCGAAUCAGUAACAACCUUAUCACUGGGUUAUCUAUUCAAUAAACCACUUUGUAAAAAUGAAUUUAUUGAUUGCAAAUACUUAACAUCUAUCGAUUUUGGUCUUAGCUUCAAUCAAGAACUUCACCCAAACCAAUUUCCCGAAAGCCUUACUUAUCUCAGCUUUUGUUCCUUUAACAAUGGUGGUUUACCAUUGACAAAAAGAAACAUAUUCCCAUCAAGUUUGGAGUAUCUCGAUCUAGGCUCACUAUUUGACCAACCCAUAGGAAUCGAUACAUUUCCAAAAUCUGGUAAUUUAAAAACUCUUAAGCUAGGAUCAAGAUUCACCCAUCUCAUUUCAACCAAAGGCAAUAUUAUACCCAGUAGUAUAACUUUUAUGGAUAACUCAAUUAUUUUUUAUAGUCAUUUACUAAAUCUAAUUGUAACCAAUCAAACAUUACUAGAAAUUGAAUUAAGCUCAUCAAAUUGUGAUUUAAUUCUAAAUGAUCCACGAGUAACAUCAUCCAUAAAAAAGCUAACACUAUCACAAAAAUUCUAUAAAGUUUUAAAUUUAGAUAAUUUUACUCAAAUAGAAUCAUUAGUAGUAUAUGGCAGGCCACAUUUAAUUUUUAAAGAUAAAAUUAAUAUAAAUGGUUCAUUAAAAAUAAUAGAAACUCCAAUCGAAAAUUCAUUUUUUAUAGAUUAUUUAUUCGAAUAUUUAAAUAGUAAUACUAAUAAUAAUAAUAAUAAUAUGAAUAAUAAUAAUAAUAAUAAUAAUAAUAAUAUGAAUAAUAAUAUGAAUAAUAAUAUGAAUAAUAAUAUGAAUAAUAAUAUGAAUAAUAAUAAUAUGAAUAAUAAUGAUCAUAAUAUUAUAAAAUUAUUAAAAUUAAUUUAAUCAUUUUUUUAUAUUCAUUGUAAAUUAAAUUAUAUUUUUUUAAAAAUCUAAAUAAAAUAUAACCAUAUAUAGUUAUAU